AUGCCUCCAACAACUACCACAACUAUGCCUCCAACAACUACCACAACAAUGCCUCCAACAACCACCACAACUAUGCCUCCAACUACUACCACAACUAUGCCUCCAACAACCACCACAACUAUGCCUCCAACAACUACCACAACAAUGCCUCCAACAACCACCACAACAGAGCCUCCAACUACUACCACAACAGAGCCUCCAACAACCACCACAACAGAGCCUCCAACAACCACCACAACUGAGCCUCCAACAACUACCACAACUGAGCCUCCAACAACUAUAACCCCACCAACAAUUACGUUUAACCUUAUAAUGACUCUUAAUCAAACUUUUACAGAUGAUCUCAAUAACCCAGUUUCUGAUGCCUAUACGGCUUUGGCAAAUGCAGUACUCAAUGCGCUCACUUCUACGUUCAGGAAUACACCAGGAUUUAAAAGGGCCAAUCUCAAUGGAUUCAGACAAGGAGCCUCCAACAACUACCACAACUAUGCCUCCAACAACCACCACAACUAUGCCCCCAACUACUACCACAACAGAGCCUCCAACUACUACAACAACAGAGCCUCCAACAACCACCACAACUAUGCCUCCAACAACUACCACAACUAUGCCUCCAACAACCACCACAACUAUGCCUCCAACAACUACCACAACAAUGCCUCCAACAACCACCACAACUAUGCCUCCAACUACUACCACAACAGAGCCUCCAACAACUACCACAACUAUGCCUCCAACAACUACCACAACAAUGCCUCCAACAACCACCACAACUAUGCCUCCAACUACUACCACAACUAUGCCUCCAACAACCACCACAACUAUGCCUCCAACAACUACCACAACAGAGCCUCCAACAACUACCACAACUAUGCCUCCAACAACCACCACAACAGAGCCUCCAACAACUACCACAACUAUGCCUCCAACUACUACCACAACUAUGCCUCCAACAACUACCACAACUAUGCCUCCAACAACUACCACAACUAUGCCUCCAAUAACCACCACAACUAUGCCUCCAACAACUACCACAACAAUGCCUCCAACAACCACCACAACUAUGCCUCCAACUACUACCACAACAGAGCCUCCAACAACUACCACAACUAUGCCUCCAACAACUACCACAACAAUGCAUCCAACAACCACCACAACUAUGCCUCCAACUACUACCACAACAGAGCCUCCAACAACUACCACAACUAUGCCUCCAACAACUACCACAACUAUGCCUCCAACAACCACCACAACUAUGCCUCCAACAACUACCACAACUAUGCCUCCAACAACCACCACAACUAUGCCUCCAACAACUACCACAACUAUGCCUCCAACAACCACCACAACUAUGCCUCCAACUACUACCACAACAGAGCCUCCAACAACCACCACAACUAUGCCUCCAACAACUACAACAACUAUGCUUCCAACAACUACCACAACUAUGCCUCCAACAACCACCACAACUAUGCCGCCAACAACCACCACAACUAUGCCUCCAACAACCACCACAACUAUGCCUCCAACAACCACCACAACUAUGCCUCCAACAACUACCUCAACUGGGCCUCCAACAACUACCACAACUAUGCCUCCAACAACUACCACAACAGAGCCUCCAACAACUACCACAACUGGGCCUCCAACAACCACCACAACUAUGCCUCCAACAACUACCACAACUAUGCCUCCAACAACUACCACAACGGAGCCUCCAACAACAAUCACAACUAUGCCACCAGCAAAAAUCCAAACUCCGUAGCAUAUCAAGAAUUAGCCGGAAGAUGUACCAGAGAACUCAAUAGAAUCGGGAGGGGGAAUUCAGGAAACGAUUUCAGUCGCUCACUUGUCAGAUCAUUCACACCCGGCUCUGUGGUGGCAAAUUGUAGCCUUGUGUAUAGAAAUAAAGAUGUCACACCACCGGUAAAUACAACACUUCAACAGUUCAUCACAGGACUCACCAAUUCUGAAGUAUUGAAUGUCAUUCCGGGCAGUAUUGAUGCACAAUCAUCUGGAAGAAGUCUCCAUCGUACAGUUCUGCCCGUGUCUAUUUUGACUCUGAUUUUGGUCUCUUUUACACGGAUCAUAACAGAUGUAUAG